AACUUUAGCUGUUUAGCUUUUUUUUUAGUUCAGCAAGUUAUUCCUGGCCAACCAUACCAUCGCCCCCCUCCUUUUUUUUUUUUUCUUUUCUAAGACUCCGAUGCUCUCCCUCCAAUGGUGCUGAGCUGAGGUUUCUCUAUGUUGUGGUGGAGAGGAGCUGCUGUAGCCCGGACUUGGGAGCUCUCAGAGAGGGAAGACAUGACCCAAAUAUGUCUGCUAACCAGCUAGCCUUAGUACUGCUUCAAAUUGGACUAGAACUGCAGCUCUCCUCUACAAUGACUGCAGUGUGAUCCCAAUGCCAGACAGGCUUUACAGUAAGAGAGGAGGAAGUAGACUGUGGGGGCCUUGGAUUAUUGAUGUACUGUACCAAACAUCUGAGAAGGCUGCAAUUGAUCACAGCUGUAACGGGGUGAGAACAGGGUGUGUUGAGUAGAGCAGAUGUUCAAGGUUUGUCGAUCUAUGGAAUCACCUGUGUAUUUCAAACCAACAUGGCUGUGUGUCUGUGUGUGGACACCCCGACCUGUGGGGCAGUGGGAGUGGGCGUGGUGUCAGUCUGACAUGGGAAAGUGGGUUAAAUUCCAAGCAUUCUCUUACAUCUGAAACCACACUGUUUCUGGUUUGUCUUCUCUACAACUUAUCUUACAUCUUGUGUGCGUUUUGUGAGAGUCCUUUGCCAAGCCCACUGGCUAUGGAAAAACAAUUUAACUGGAUUUAAUUUGUUGCCCCCCUCCUCCUUCCUCUUCCCUCCUUCCCCUUACGUUUUUUUCUUUUCUUUUGUGUGCCUCUGAGAGGUAGGGAAUUCAUCCUGUUUGGUAACUCCAUGCCCAGUCCGAGCUCGCUUUGCAAGUUAGACAGGCCAGGUUUCAUGCUAGCUUUAAGGUCCCCAGUCAUGUGGAUUGUCACUAGAAUAUGCUUGCCAUAAGUGAUGCUAAAAAGGAGGUAGUGUGUUUAUCUUAUUUGGACACAUAAAUGUGGAUUCUUUUUCUUCAAAAUAUCUUUGGCAACUCUCAGUCACAUCUCUCAUCUAACUUCUCGUCUUUUAUUUUAUCAGUCUAAGCUUCAUGCUCCAAAGGGUUAAAAAGCACAAUGAAACCAGUUGCCUAGAGCCCUGACCACUUUUUCCAUUCUUGCUGGAAAGUUUCCAGUGCUAUUUAUAUGAAACCUCAGACCCGACAAUCGAGAAACAAAAUUGACCAGGAUAAAGUAUUAUCCAUUAUCCUGAAGUUCAUCAGAAAUGGCAGACGCACAGUGAAAUCUAUGGGCGGUCUAUGUUUUGUAGACACAGAUAUGCAGUGAGUGAGUAAACAACAUGUACAAGUGAAAUCAAUCCACAUCCAAUCCGUGUAAUAAUAGAAUAGACCAAAUGUCUGAAGAGCAACAGAAACUUUGUUUUAUCCAUGUUAAGAGGGAAUGGCAUUCACUUUUGGCGGAGAUAUUGACAUAUUUUAGAAUGAUAACAUUAUUAUUGUUAUUAUUUGUAGAAGCUGUAGUUGGCCUGGAAGGCAUCGCUGUACUGUAGUGUUUGGCUGCUGCCCACAGGAUUUGUGUAUGUUUUGGGUGAGUGGUAUUAGUCCACGAACUAGUAAGGUUAUUAGAAAGCCAAUGCAGUUUCACAAACCGAACUUUAUAUCCUUAUUCAGCAAUACACUGUAAAAUACAUGGUAUUGUCAAAAUUUAGUUAAAGAGCCAAAUCAAAACUAACCAAAUGUAUCAAUGAAUGUCUGUUCCCAAGUCAUAAAAAGGACAGUGAAGUAUAUUUUUGUGCUUAAGACGUGCUUUAAUCUAUUGUAUAUAUAUUCAUGUAAUUUUGGGUACUUGCACAAAAAUAUUACACUAUUUUGUAAAUAUAUUUGAAGUAUGACAAGUGUGGUUUUGUACCUGAACAUUAAAGUACACUUUUGUACUAUUUGAAUAGCUGUGAAUUCAAAAUAAAAUACGUAUAUAUAUAUAUAUAUAUAUAUAUAUAUAUAUAUAUAUAUAUAUUCAAAGUUCUUUUAUUCAAGGAAGAGGCACUUGCUCAGCAUUGUUUCACACACGUGUAGGUGCACAUUCAUUCAUGGGGCCUUACUUGGAAGACAAAGUUUUCCUGCUUUCUGUGGCAGAAGUCCUCAUAACCCGACUGAUCUGUGCGCUUUCCCAUUCAGCAACUAACCACUGGACUAUCACUGCUAGAAGUGCGUCCAAGUGCACUGUAUGCACUUAUGUUCUUAUUUGAUAAAUAUUUCAUAACUGGCAAAUUGACACAAGAACGCUUACUUUUUAAAUAUAGCCUACUUACUGAAUACUUACAAUAUAUUAAAGCUGCACUAAUCAAUAUUUUGAUAUUAACAAUGGGAAAAUAGCUACAUGUGAUGUGAAAGGUGUUGCUCAUACUAACAAAUACACAGAGAAUUAUUACCUGACUCUACAGCUCCCCUCACCUCUACAGAGCAUUUUAGCAUCUUUUCAGCUCAUUGUUGUCAUUUUCUGGCCCUCAACUGUUUUGGUUCAGUCUCACUGCCCUCAUCACCCUUGUCUCCUGCUGCAGCAGGCAGCUGUUUUCAGUGAAAAAGCUCAGAUAAACCCACUGCACACACUACCUAGCCAGUCCCAAACAGCAGACAGACAAAGCUGGUGACUAGCUGGGGAACACAGUGGAGCAUUUUGCUAGACAGCCAGGGCUAAAUACUGAGAGUAAAUAGUGGAUAUUCGUCGGGUGGCCAGUAACAACUCCAAAUGCUUUGUGUCUGAUGGAUGUGUCAGUAGGCGACUGUUCACAAUAUCAACUUUAUGAGGUGAAAAAAAUGUCAUUGUUGUGUUGACAGCUUGUUGCUAAGUGCUCAGACAAUCUAGUAAUGCAGCUUUAAUGACAACCUUAACUUUGACAGUACAUUAAAUAAAAUAAAAAAUACCAACAAGUAUAGUGUCAUAUGGAUAGAAAGUUACUCGAACACACACAUAUAGGCUACUACUACUAAUAAUAAGGUAAUAAAAAGUUUCCAAUGUCAGAUAGCAUACACAUUUUGACCUGGGUUUCACGUUAGUCUGUGUGUGCGUACAUACCCACGCGCACCGUCGCUCGCGCGCUCUCUCACUGUGUCUCGCUCCCUCAACACUCAGCAGACGGACGCAUCCAUGGAGGGCUCGUGCAGCAGUCCUCUGCCUUACUACUUCCAAAACCACAGUUCAACAUGACAUAAGAAGCUAAACCCGGCUUUUCCAGCCAGAAACUCACCGUUUUUGCCAAACAGCCCUCGUAGCAUCCCUGCGGUACCAAUUUCCAACUUAGUUUUUUUUUUUUUAACAUCCCCCCUGCUCCACUGACACCCCUCGCCUGCACCUUUUCAUCCAUUCUCGGGAGAAAGUCAAUUCCCUGGGAAUUAAAGGAGGUUGCUCGUUUUUUGUUUACUUCGGAGAUCCGCAUGGAUGUGGCGGCGGUAACGUUAGAGGGGAUGUCUCUGCCGGGUGUCCGACUCCGGAAUCGGCCGAUGCAAGUGAUGCCGAACCAGAAGAAGGUCAAAGCGAGACGGAAAAGGCGAAAGGAGUUGGUUUUAAUCCAAAUAUGCCUGUUCGGCGGCUUGCUUCUGGUCGUGACGGGGUUCUCCUACUUAGCGGAAAAUUCAGGUUCCGAUGUCUCCGGCCACAGCAGCGAGGACCAGGGGAGAUGGGGAGGGAGGAGGCUACUGCAGGAAAUGGACAACAGCAGCCUAGAGGAAAUAGAGAGUGAAGGAUCUAAGAACUGCACUCCUCCAGCUCUGCACGAGUUCCCUACAGACCUGUUCACACACAAAGAGAGAACAGAAGGAGCUGUGGCUCUGCAUGUCCUGUGUACCAUUUACUUGUUCUGCGCCCUGGCCCUCGUCUGUGAUGACUACUUUGUCCCCUCCCUGGAGAAGCUGUGUGAGCGUCUCCAUCUCAGUGAGGACGUAGCAGGUGCCACCUUCAUGGCCGCUGGCAGCUCGGCUCCCGAGCUCUUCACGUCCGUCAUAGGGGUGUUCAUCACCAAAGGUGACGUGGGUGUGGGGACCAUCGUGGGUUCAGCUGUCUUCAACAUCCUCUGCAUAAUCGGUGUGUGUGGCUUCUUCGCAGGCCAGGCAGUGAAGCUCUCUCAUUGGGCUCUACUCCGAGAUUCAAUUUAUUACACAUUUUCUAUCACAGCCCUCAUUGUGUUCAUCUACGAUGAGAAGGUGUGCUGGUGGGAGUCUCUUGUCCUGGUCCUCAUGUAUGCAGUCUACAUCCUCAUCAUGAAGUUUAACGGCAGGGCACAUCGCUACUUUGACCGUCGAAAGAAGAGCUCUAUGAAUCUGGCCAAUGGGCUGACAGGAAGCACUGAUCUGGAGGAUAAUGUCACGUGUGAUGCUACUGCAGUCCUGCUCAAGAAAGCUAACUUCCACUGUAAGCCGUCGGUGCUGAUGGUGGAUGAGCUGCUGUCUGCAUACCCCCACCAGCUGUCUUUCUCUGAGGCCGGCAUGAGGAUCAUGAUCACCAGUCAUUUCUCCCCCAGAACCCGGCUCACCAUGGCCUCUCGCAUGCUUAUCAAUGAGAGGCAAAGACUGAUCAACACCACUGAGACUAGAGUCAACCGCAUCACUAACGGCGACUCUGACUCAUCCGCCAGGGCUCAGGGGAGGCGGGGCUUAGAGAAUGGGAUGGGCGGAUCUGACCAGGGUCCGAACGGGAGAUGCAGACUUCAGCGAAUGGAGUCUGGGAACGAGACAGAGAAUGAAAAUGAGGAUAAUGAGAACAAUGAGAAUGACGAGGAAGGAGAGGGAGAAGAUGACAAUAAUGGCCCCCUGCUGCCUUUCAAAGUUCCAGCUGGGGUGUGUAACAAGCUGAAAUGGCUGACCAUGUGGCCGCUGUCCCUGCUUCUGUUCUUCACCGUGCCCAACUGUGCCAAGCGCCGCUGGGAGAGAUGGUUCAUGGUCUCCUUCUUCACCGCCACCAUCUGGAUCGCUGGCCUCUCCUACAUCAUGGUCUGGAUGGUGACUGUGAUCGGCUUCACUCUCGGCAUUCCUGAUGUUAUCAUGGGCAUCACCUUUCUAGCAGCAGGCACCAGCGUCCCAGACUGCAUGGCUAGUGUUAUAGUCGCACGGCAAGGUCUGGGAGACAUGGCCAUCUCCAACUCCAUAGGCAGUAAUGUGUUUGACAUCCUGGUGGGCCUGGGCCUGCCCUGGGCACUGCAAACACUUUGCAUCGACUACGGCUCCAACAUCCAUCUUAACAGCAGAGGUCUCAUAUUCUCUGUUGGACUCCUACUAGCCUCAGUAUUCUUCACAGUUCUCGGUGUCCAUUUGAACAAAUGGACUCUGGACUGGCGACUGGGCUUGGCCUGCCUUGUCUUGUACGCCAUCUUUCUAUGCUUCUCCAUCCUCAUCGAGUUCAACGUCUUCAUCUUCGUCAACCUUCCUAUGUGCCGAGACAUCCACUGACCUCCCUCCUUCUUCUUCUUCUUCUUCCUGGUUGGUUAAUGGAGGAAACCUCAUCAGGUUUCCAGUUUCUUGGCGCCUUGGAACCAAGUCCUACCUUUUUAUUUUUCCAAAUAGAAAAAUAGAGCUCUAUAUGAUUUAUCUUUGGUGCAAUAGACACAAGAGAGAAGACACCGGAAGUUUAGUUUUUUUGGGACCGGACAAGAGGCGUGAAAUGAAAGUCCCAGCAGCAGAGAUUGCUGCCAAUCAUCUAAUGAACUGAAAGGUUGGCUGGAGUGAACUUAACUGUAUUAACACCCAUAGUUAGUUGGUGAAGAAGCUGCUACUGUAACUGACUGACUGGCCGAAAGAGAGAAAUCCUGCGCUAACAGCGAUUUUUAGCUGGAUUGUUUGUUACUCUUUGUACAAAUUUGGAUAUAAGCACACGAUUAAGGUAUUUUUAAGUAAAAACGGGCUUUCUCUGUAUAUAUUUGAGGAUUAUAUAAGUACUAAUAUUAGCUGAUAUAUGGGAUUCUCUUAUGCACAACUGGAUCAGUCUUGCAAAUCUGAAUGAUGCGAUGACAGUGACAAUAUUGUUAUACUUUAGUGAUUUGUUAUGCCAGUAAUACACUCAAAAUGCUUCAACAUGUCUCCCAAGCUCAGUAUCAGCCAACACAGCAUGCUGUACUAGCCACAAGUCAGCUCUAGCUUUGCACUGAGAGAAUCUAGAUAUUUAACACUAUUCACAUAGGGUCUAUUCCUGUUCGUUUUUCUGUCUCUCUACAGGCAUAUCCGUGUAGAUGUGGGCUUUAUUUUCUUUUAAUAAAACCCACAUAGGAAAGGGAUCUCCCUGGAUCUGACAUCCAGCACUGUCACUUUAUUUAUUAGAGAUAUUAUUCUAUCAUUGCAAAGCCUCUGCAGGUACUCUUAACAUGUAACUACUGAAUUUAAAGUUCCCUCUAGACGGUAGACCUCUUGUACGAUAUUAAAUAAUUAGGUUUUAGUCUCUGAGUUGAGUAUAACAUUGUUACUUCUUAAAGCCAAAAGUAUUUUUAGAAUAGGAGUAAGGUCAUAGAUGUGGACUUAAGAGUCAGCUCGAGUGCACUGUGUGCAUGUGUGUGUGUGUGUGUGUGUGUGUGUGUGUGUGUGUGUGUGUGUGUGUGUCCCAGUCUCGAGAGGAACCAAGGACACCACUGUUACUGGGAAGACAUAAUCAUGAUUUAUUUAUGAAUUAAUUUAUUCAAAGAUCAUGUCUAACCACCAGUUUCAGCUCUUUGGAUCAUGUACAGUGUAUUAAAUGGAACGUUCUCCGCUCUUUGACGACGGAACUGUACAAUGUACUAUACCUAAUAUAUAAUCUAAGUACUGGAAACUGACUUGAUGUUGUUUAUAUUUAAGAAUAGAACUUUAUAAUUUAUAAGUUAUGUAUAGUUUGAAAAGAUAUCGCAACAUUUGUAUAUUGGUACAAACACGGUGGUUUUUGACGAUGAUGCACGUGGAGAUGUUGUGAUUUGGUGAGAUGGACUGAAAAUGCGAUCUUUCUCACUGGUCCUAACAUGGGUGGAGGCUGUUGCUAAUCCCCCUCGCAUGUUGAAUUAGUGAUGAAUCGUGGAUGUAAAAGAUUCACUUUCAGAUAAAAAAAAGGAAUUGCGUGCUGAUGGCACACCACCCUUUGAACUUUCACAACAUUUUGUUUCUUAAACACAGUGCUUAAACUCUCGUGCCAUCCCUUGUAUUUGAGGCUUCAAAACCAAUGCUUGUGGCCAUUCUCCUGCUUGUAUUUGAGCCAAAGAAACACCUUUGUCAGCAGUAUUGCCACUCUGUUUCAGCAUGUGUUCAAACAAAAUGUGGAAGAUAUGUAUUAUUAUUUUAUUUUAUUUUUUACCUUGCAGGAUUCGUAUUGAGAAUUCUCAGGUUAAUAGAGUUGCUGAUAAGUUAAAAGCAUCCUCUGUAGGUGUUGAUGCUCCUCCUGCAGCCACAGGAGAGUGCUGUAGAGCUGUGUGACGUCUUCAGAGAUGGCUGUUAUUUUACACUCAGUAGAAAGUGGUUUGGGUAUAUUUUCAGGUAGACUACAUAGAGACAAAAUACUGGUCGGUUUGCAUGCCUCUUUCAUAAUUCAGAUUCUUUUGUGUGUAAUUUUAAUGCAUUUGCAAGAUCAAAAAGGCCCUGUCUUGAUUAUGCUGUACAUAUCAGAGGGAUAUGCUAUUAUAAAUGAUGUUGGAAUAACUUCUGAUGAGCAGUUAUAUUUGAGAUAUAUACAGUAUUUAGAAUGUAGGCCUACAACAGUUAGUUUUCAGCUAAUUAAUGUCAUUUUAUGCUCAUGUCUUUUGAAUUGUUUGUAAAUCCUCAUUUUUGUUGAUGAGGACCUCUGGGCAGAGCUCAGAGCCAGAGAGAGAUGAAGAUGAUGGUCUUGUUCCCAGUGGUCUUCUUGCAAUAAACUGAUUUACAUACACAAA